AUGAAUAAGGAGAAAGUGGUGUUAUUCUCUCCAGAAUAUUCCCCAGAAUUAGCCAAAAGAAUUAAAAGUAUAUAUAAAGAUGAUAUCAAGCAUUACUACUCGCAGUUGAAGUUAGAGAAAUUAAUUGAUCUAUUGGAACACACACAAUAUUUGUUUGAGCUUUAUGUAAGAUUUGCCAACGAUAAAAAUGAUAAUGAUUCACUCACAUCAUACAUUAUUGGUUGCUUCUAUGUUUAUCUGAUAAUGCCAAACUCCAUUCAAUUUCAAACUAAAAAUAAGGAUUACAGCAUAUACGCUGACAUGAAAGCCAUAUAUGAAGGCCAAAUGAACAUGACCAACGUACGUCUCAUGGUAAGGGAUGAGGUUGAUAAUAUACUGGAUCACAUAAACCCUGAGCCAAUCAAUCUUACACAACUCAUGGAAAGAAAAAGGGCAUAUUCAGUACCAGAUGGCAGUAUAACGGAAUCACUACAGAAUUUAAAAAUUAAUGAUCCGACUACGACAACGACUAUAACUAUGACUAAAAAUCUAGAUGAAAUAAUUCCUUAUAAAAGUGAGCAUCCUGGUAGUCAAACAACCGGUUCCAGUUAUUCAAGCUCAGUAACUUCUACUGAAGAAGAUGGUUACAAUAGUAGUAAUGUAUUCAGCGGUCAACAAGGUACAGAAAGGAUGCCAAUUAAUAGCGAUAGUGAACCUUUUACUGAUGAUGCCGAUACUGCUUCUCAGUUAUGGACUGCUCCUGCAUUAGAACCGAAUGAUCAAUUAAAAAUAGCAUUAUAUUCUGAACCCCUUACGUUACCAACAAUGUCAACAGAAGAAGAUUUCUCGCAUCCAAUAGAGUUCCCAACGUACAAUGCAAAUAAUGAAAUCACCAAUCCCUCCAACCUUUCAAGGAAAAGUAGCACUAUAAUUGAUAAACGUGCACCUUUACUUCGUGCUAGAACUGAAAGUGUUGCUAUGUCAAUGUUUGACGAACCUAACAGUAACAAAAGCAAUUACAAUCAUAAUCCAUACCCAUACGCAAAUUAUAGAACCAGUCCGCUUGGUAGCAGUGAUGAACUGAUCGCAGAUAGAAGUUUAACACACAGGAAGAACUCGUAUCAUUCUGUUUAUAUGAUGGAGAAUGAAAAUGAUGAAUUAAAAAAUGAAAAUUACUAUGAUCGAACAGACGAUUUUAUUCGUUCAAUCGAAAGACUGGAAAAACAAAGCAUCAUAACCGCCCCUGAAUUAUUCACAAUAUUAUCGAAUCCAAUCGAUAGAAACAAAUUAUUAUUGAUUGAUUUAAGAUUAGAGAAAAGGUUCACUUACAAUAAUAUAAUUGCCGAUAAUUAUGUACAAUUGGAUCCAACUACCUUAUGGGACUCUCAAAAGGGUACACCAAUAUACGAUAUCAAAAUAAUCGAACAGACAUUGAACAACAAAUUAUUUACUAAUAGGAAUGAAUUUGAUUAUAUUGUUUAUUAUUCAGAUAUGAAAACAUACAUGAAACUGAAUUUUGAUUACCACUUUGUGCUAUUUUACUUACUAAUCACAUCUGCAAAAUCUACAGAUAAGUCUAAACGAGCUCCAACUGCUUUAUUAGGUGGGUUUGAGAAAUGGAAAAAGAUGAUGCAUAAAUAUACAAAGGAAUACAGUAUCGACGUUAGACAAUAUAUAUACGGUCCCUAUGAUAGAGAAGGUAAGAAAAUCAGCCAAAAUGUGGCUUCUCCAACAUAUUCCACUAAUAAUUCAUAUAGACAGACACCCUAUCCUUAUGCCAGCAUUUCAAAUAUUAAAUUUCCAGAGGCACCAUCGUUCAGACCACCAGAGGUACCUUUCAGAAUAAGGAAAAGACCUCCGCCACCUCCCCCAGCAGUGAGACCCAAGACCCCACCACCUCCAAUCUUGGCACCACCUAGUAUACCACCACGAUUACCAGCUAAAAUAAAAUUGGAAAUAAAUAAUAAUAAUAGCCAUAUAACUCGUAUUCCUACACAUAUACCUGUGCUACCUUCGACUAUCCCGGAGAAUAGACAACUUACAAAGUUUGAAUUGUUUGAAAAUGAAAAUAAAGAAGUUGUCAAGAAAAGAAGCUACUCCAUUCCAACAAUCGAAAAAAAUUCCAACAUAUUUGUUUCGUUAUCAAUUACAGGGUUAAGAAAUUUAGGCAACACAUGCUAUAUUAAUAGUAUGAUACAAUGCCUGUUUUCCACUACAGCAUUCAGAGAUAUAUUUUUGAGUAAUGAAUAUGAAAAAUAUUUGAAUAUGUCGAAUAAACAUAUUUCUGCUAAUACAAGGAGACUUUCGCUAUCAAAAUCUCUGAACAUUCUUUUCAGGAAGAUGUACUUAAACGGUGGUUGCUCGGUAGUUCCGAUUGCAUUUUUAAAAACAUGCAGCAUAUUAAGACCCGAUUUGAAAAUUCCAGAUGACCAACAGGAUACACAGGAAUUUUUAAUGCUGAUGCUCGACAGGUUACAUGAUGAAUUAUCAAAACAAGAUGAAGUAGUUAAUAAAAACCCUAAAUUAUUGCUAUAUGAUACUACCCAUCUAAAAGUUAAUGAAAAAGAGUAUAAGAAAUGGUUUGAUGAGAACAUAAUGGGUAAUGGAUUAUCACCAAUAGAUGAUUUUUUCCAAGGUCAAAUGGAAAGUUGUUUACAAUGUGAAAGGUGUGGUUAUUGCACCUAUAACUAUUCCAGCUUUUAUGUUCUAUCUUUGGCAAUUCCUAAAAAACAAAAAGGUUUUACCAAACUAUCAAAAAGCAUUAAUCUGGAGGAGUGUAUUAGUAUGUUCACAGCUGAUGAAAUUUUAUCUGGUGAGAAUGCCUGGAAUUGUCCUAGAUGUUAUGAGGAACAGAAGAAGAAAUUACUGGAAAAGAAGAAGAAAGUGAAGCAAAGUCAAAACUUACAAGUUCCGACUAAAUCUCUUGAGAGAAGCCGUGAAAAACAUUCAAUCUUCAAAUUUGGUGGCUCAAAGAGAAAGAAACCUAAGACUAUCAACAGAUCCUUGUCACCCUUUAGAUUAAUCAGAAGAAGUGAAUCUAAGAAUCGUGAACCAGAAAAUAAUAUUCCAACAACUAGUUCAUCUGAUUUCGAUGCCAAAUAUAAUAGUUAUGAUGAAUCUGAAGACGAUUUCGAUGAAUUAGAUGAAGAAAAAUUAAGACAUUGGAAAAAUAAGAAACUUAUUACUGUGAAGACAUUAAAAUUCAUUACUUUACCAAAAGUUUUGAUGAUUCAUUUGUCUCGAUUCUAUUAUGAUUUAACUAAGAAGAAUAAUACCAUUAUUACAUACCCAUUAAUUUUAACUAUGACUUUAAAGAAUAAAGAAGUUGUAAGAUAUAGAUUAUAUGGGAUUGUAAACCACACUGGUAAUUUGAUCAGUGGUCAUUACACAUCUUUGAUUAAUAAAGAUUAUGAUCAUAGUUUGAAAAGUAAAGAACAAAAAUGGUACUAUUUCGACGAUGAAGUUGUGAAGGAAGAGAGAAAUCAUGGUGAUAUGGAUAAUGGCAUAAACAAAAUAUCCAGCAAAGAUGCGUACGUUCUAUUUUAUGAAAAGAUUGAAUAG